GUACAAACUGCGGUUAUUCGCGCAAGUCAUUUUCUCAAACAGAGAGAGCUGCUCACCAGGACCUGCUAUCACCGGGAAGAGCAAACGUGACUGGGCUUCCAGUUCGAAACUACUUGAAAUAACUUUCCUAUUGGCCAUCGGUUCCGAUCCCAGCUAAAGACCGACUGACACGUCUUCUCCGAAAUAUGUAUGGAGCGUUUCCAUGCUCUCCUGGCACUUUCUCAGACAUGCAUGUCUCUUACUUCCUGCCGCUUGUUUGGGAACGUCUCGAAGCGUGUACAAUUCGAAACCCCUACCCUACCCUGGCGGUGUAUGUUCGGUACAUGCAUACGCGACCUUUAUGCUCAGGCGUAAUGCUUCUUAUGCAGUACAAUCUCUGUGGACGCUGCCCCGGUUCUCAGCUAAUACCGUGUGCCAGGAAUUGGCGCGCUGCCUCCCCCCUCCUGCUCAAUCUCAAUACGCUCCAGAUUUGUCGGAUUAGGGUCGCCGAAAGGCCCUGUAUCAAGCCUUUCCACAGGACGCGUGUUUAAAACAGUCACAGUCAAAACACUUGUUUUCCCUCCGAAUGGCGGCACUGUGAAGUACAAAAAAGUCGCGUGCACCACGAGGACCAAGUCGGUGAUGGCGAAUACUGUGGACGGGUUGAAAGUCUCGAUGUGCGCUUUGUAGGUGACGGGCAGUUGUUGGUAGACUAUGAUGCGAAAGAUGAAGGCGAUACGUGACCUCCGAACGAUCUAUAUUUGCAGCCCGCAUAUGACAAGAGUAUGUGCUACGAUCGUAAAAGCCUCGCAUUAUUCUAAUUCCUAACGGGGUGACCUGAAGCAUCUCAGCC